AUGAUCUUCAUAACCGGGACCGCUUGCCCGUUUUAUCGAUACAAUAUCACUUGGCAACGUGUCUCUGUUACGAAUCGUUACGUUUCAAUUCAUUUUCAUUGUCUUUCAUUAUUGUUGAUAAAAUAUUCGGUCUCGUAUUAUUAUAUUGUUUUUGAUACGUUGAUCGAAAGAGAUUCAAGAAUGGAAAAAUCAAAGAAAACGGAAAAAUCAUUGAGUGAUCCUCAUCGAGAAUUUUUGGACAUGGACACGGACGAAGAAGAUUUUGAUCGACAAGAAAGUUCAGAAACCGAAGAGGAACUUCUUUCCGAACCAGUUAAGCCGAUUUUUGAUGAACAGGAUUUAAAUAACUUGGUACAAUAUGUAAAAGAUCUUACGAUGCUUCCUUUGAUUAAGGAUUCCGAUUGGAAAGAAGAUUGUCAUACAAUUAUUCGCGAGUAUUUCAAAAAUCCAAGUUUCACAUUAUUGAGUAUAUAUUUUGAGAUGGAUACAUUGAGAGCACGGUUAAGUGUACCGGAAAAUGGUCAAAGUGAAUUUGUAUAUUUCUUGAGGACACCUUGGCACGUGUUCACCGUCGAUAAUUUUCACGCUACAGUCAUCUUCGGCAGCAUCAAUCGUAACGUGAUGAUGUGCAUAUUGAAAGCGAUGGAAAAUAUGUACGCACCUGCUGCCGUCAACAGCGGCGAGUGGCCAGAAAUUAUCAAGAAUAAUCUGUUCUUCAAUUUGCAUAAUUUUUUAAUGUGUUUAACCGAAUGGGUUUACAAACCACUGGGUUUGACUAAGCUUUAUGUGCCUCGAGAAGAUCUGCCUGAUAUCGCAGCACCGCCGAGAGACAAAAAACCGGAUUUAUCCGAGGAAGAUGGACAGUAUAUUUCUAAUGAAUUGCGAGAAUCGGAAAAGGCCCAGAUAGAUAGAUUUGAAGGGAUUGUACGGUAUUGGAUCAAACAGAUACGAGAAGCAUUAGCGAACACAUUCAAGAGUACAACUGGAGGAAUCAUUUUUGAUGAGCUGCAACAUUGGAGAGCGAUAUAUUUUAAUUUGUGCUCUUUGCACGAUCAACUUUCGAGUGAGGAAAUUCAAUCAAUAUUACGUCUAUUGGAGAAUGUUCAUUCACCGAGCGUGGAUUCUUUUCAACAUUUGAUUCUACAGCUUCAUGAAGGAUUAGAACAAGCUGCAUCCAAUGUAGCAUAUUUGAAAGUCUUAUCGAAGGCCUGUAAUGAUUUGAAAUGCCCGAAUGAGAUCGAAGAGCCUAUAACGAAGAUAUUGCUCUUGAUAUUGUUUAUCUGGACGGAAUGUCCGUUUUAUAACAUAUCGCACAACAUAGAGAUACUUUGUAAGACCAUAAGCACUCAAAUAGUGCAACAGUGUAAGAACUAUGUGGAUUUACAAGCAAUACUAGAAGGCGAUGCAAAAAAUGGAAUAAAUUUACUUCAGAAAUGUAUCUCUUGUUGUGAAACAUACAGAACCAUAUACAAUAAAGUCACGAGCAUAACUACGCACAUUGAAUCCAAUAGGGAUUGGCAAAUAAAUGAACAAUUAGUAUUUAAACACGUCGAUACGUUCACACAAAGAUGUUACGAUGUCAUUGAGAUAUGCAAUGCUUUAAUUGUGUUUGGAAGGCGUAAUAAAGUAGGAAUAAUCGGCGGUCCAAAGGGUACUGAACAUGAGGAUUAUUGUCGUCGAAUAGAGAAUUUAUUUUACGAGAAUCUUGAAGAAGUCAAACUAGUUCGUGAUAACAUCCUGGAUGUUACAAAUUCCACAUGGCUAAAAAACAUGCAGAAGUUUAGAGAUUCUGUAACAGAAUUGGAGAAUAUGGUUGUAAAUCUGAUCGAUCGAAUAUUUGAAGAAGUCCAAACCAUCGAGGAGGGUAUCGAGGCUAUUUAUGCUUUACAACAUUUUAAAUAUAGAUCAUCCUUGCGAGAGACGUUAUCAACAAAAUGGGUACAGGUAUGGAAGAUAUUUGGUAAAGAAAUUGAAAGUUGCAGCAAUAGCAUAACUCAACGUGAUGUGUAUCAUCCAUUGCUUCAACAUCACUCAGAAAAUACGAUUACGAUGUGCAUUAGUAAAUAUUUAGAACGAUUAUUCCAUAUGAUGAUUGAUGCAUCUGACUGGAUAGGAGAAUGUACAGCUCAAAAGUACAUAUUGGAACAAUAUAAAAAAGUGAAAAGUUCUAUCGAUAGCACAAUUUAAACUAAAAAAAUAGUUAUAGUUUUCCUAAAAAUAUAUUAACUUAAAAAAUAUAUUAACUUAAAAAA